CUGAAUCCUCACUCAUUCACCAAGUAGCUGUCACGACCUGGAGAACUGGAAAUAGCCCCCCAGCAGCAGCAGCUCCUUUACGCAUUCCUCCAUCUCCAUCUCCAUCUCCAUCCCUUUAGUGAAAUCAAACCACAUGCGCAACAACAGAGGACUCCCUCGUGCGCCUUCGCUCCUCCAGAUGGGCUAACACGAGUCCACCUGAGACCGCAUGGUUCCGUCCUGUGGUGCAAACUUCGUGCAGGUGCAAGGUGCAUCAGGUAUGCUCGUGUGCAACGUGAGCCUGAGCUGUGCGCACUGCACCGGAGGAGGAGGAGCGACGGAGACGGACUCGUUGGAGGAUCUGUCCGGUUCUCUGCCUCCUCCGUCUCUGAGCCCAAAUGGUCACCUGCUGGUGGCGGUAUGUCUGGGCUUCAUCGGCACCUUCGGGUUCCUCAGUAACUUCCUGGUGCUCGGGCUGUUCUGCAGGUACCGGACGCUGCGCACGCCCAUGAACCUGCUGCUGGUGAGCAUCUCAGCCAGCGACCUGCUGGUCAGCGUGCUGGGGACUCCGUUCAGCUUUGCAGCCAGCACCCAGGGGCGAUGGCUGAUCGGACGAGCUGGGUGCGUCUGGUAUGGGUUCGUCAACGCAUGUUUAGGCAUCGUCUCCCUGAUCUCCCUGGCCGUCCUGUCCUACGAGCGGUACUCCACCAUGAUGAAGCCCACCAUAGCCGACGGCAGAAACUACCGCCCGGCGCUGGGUGGGAUCUGCUUCUCCUGGCUCUACUCUAUUGCCUGGACUGUACCUCCGCUGCUGGGCUGGAGCAGCUACGGGCCCGAGGGUCCCGGCACCACCUGCUCCGUGGACUGGAGGACCCAGACGCCAAACAAUAUCUCCUACAUCAUCUGCCUGUUCACCUUCUGCCUGGUCCUGCCGUUCUGCGUCAUCCUCUACUCCUACGGCAAGCUGCUGCACGCCAUCAGACAGGUCCGCAGCGUGAACUCGGUGGUGACCCGCCGCAGAGAGCAGCGGGUGCUGAUGAUGGUCGUCACCAUGGUGGUGUGCUACCUGGUCUGCUGGCUGCCCUACGGAGUGGCAGCACUGCUCGCGACCUUUGGCCCACGUGACCUUUUGACCCCGGAGGCGACCAUCAUGCCGUCGCUGCUGGCCAAGUUCUCCACCGUCAUCAACCCUUUUAUCUACGUAUUCAUGAACAAACAGUUCUACAGGUGUUUCAGGGCGUUCCUUAGCUGCUCCAUCCCCGAGCGAGGCUCCACCAAGACAUUUUCACGGCCGACUAAGACGAUCCGCACCGUCCGCCCGGAGAAAGAACACCCCGUGUCCACUCCCGCCCCGUCCUCCGUCCUGCCCACGCCCAACUUCAUCCACGAGUCCUCGCAGCAGAAAGCCAAUCACGUGUCUCCAACCCCAUCCCCGUCCCCAUCUCCGUCGCCAUCGUAUCAACGCUCUGCUGCUUCACACGCCCCCGCUGCUAACGCCCCCAAACCCAAACUGAUUCUGGUGGCUUACUACAGGGAAUGAAAAGCAGAGAAACAACAAACAGCAUGGAGCUGAAGGUUUACAGAAAGGAAAGUGACGAGCAGGUCUCUAAUUUACACACAAAUCCUCUUAAUAGUAGAAAAAGUCAGAGUCGCAGUGGGAGCCUUAAAUAGGAGCUGGGAUGUUUUAAUCCCAGAACAGGUUAUCGUUGCUCUGUGAAGUCGGCAAACAGGGAAACACAGAAAAUGCCAGUCUCAUCCUGUUUACCAGAGGCACUGUAAAUACACAGCAAGAAAAUAGGGCUAAGCAUUCAUGUUAAGAUUACACACCAAAAAAACCCCACAUAAAUAGGUCAAGCUUUUUCAGCUCUUUGCUUGCAUUGAUAUUUUAACUAAAUAAUGUUCUUUCUUAAUCUGAGAAAUUAUUAAGGAACAAAUUGGAGAAGCACAGCGUCCUUUGGCGGAGAUUUUCAUAAAUUGUUUGGUUGUUUUUUUUUUUUCGUAAACGGGGCAAUGAGAUAUUUUGUCGGCUCAAAGCGUGUAGCUACCGUUAGCAGGAUUAUUCUUUCUUUUUUCGCCGAUAAUGCGGUUGAAGAACGGGGUAAGCGUUUUUUUUUUCCUGACCCCAUUUCCAUGCCUGAUGUUUGAGGAUUUGAUACAGAGUAUUAUAAAUGUGUUUAACAAUUUUAUGUAAUUUAGAAACUGAGAAGGUUUUUUUAUUAUGCCUUUAUGUACACUUUGCUGGGACUGUUAUGAAAGCCAUUAAAAGGGACAUUUCGACAGGUUAUGAGGGACAUGUAAAGAGAUUUCACUGUUUUUUGAAUUAUCUCGAUGUUUCUGAAUCCGCUGUUUCGCUUUUGUUUUGUGGAAACGUGCUUUUGUUUUGUCUCCCGAUGUAUUUUCAUUUGCUCAUGUAAAAUAAAUU